UGAGCCGGUUACCAUGAGGCGCGCGCUGCUGAAGGAGGCGGCCAAGCGGUUCCCUUGGCUGGCCAACGUCACUCUCUACGGAGCGCUGUUCGCGGGCGGGGACCUCGCGCACCAGUUCAUCGCGCAGAAGGAUCAUAUGGACUGGAAGCACACGCGCAACGUGGCAAUCGUCGCGCUCACUUUCCACGGGAACUUUAACUACUGCUGGCUGCGCGCGCUGGAGCGACGCUUCCCCGGGAGGUCCACCGGUAUGCUCGUGCGCAAACUGCUGCUGGACCAGAGCUUCGCGUCGCCGUUGGCAACCAGUGUCUUCUACACCGGGGUGAGCUUUCUGGAGGGCAAAGAGGACGUGUUUGAGGACUGGAGGGAUAAGUUCUUCAACACGUGGAAGACAGGACUCCUGUACUGGCCCUUCAUGCAGUUCCUGAACUUCCUGCUGGUGCCGCUCCACCUGCGGACCGUCUUCAUGGGUGGAUGUGCCUUCCUGUGGGCCUGCUUCCUCUGCUUCUCCCGCCAGGACGGAGACGGCACCGCCGGGCUGGCCCUCGCCUUCCUGCUGCACCCGCGCCUCACCACCGCCACACCCCCACCCACACCCGAAACACCAGCCACAACACCACCAGCCAUACAGCCGCACCAACCUACAACACCACCAGCAGACACGCAACACACCGACCAAGAGGAGGAGUGAAGAGGAGGGGAGAGGAUAGGAGAGAGGAGAGAGGAGAG